GUGCCUGCUGUGUGGUUCAAUUCCAUGAAGAAUUCUUGACCUCACCUGAUGUGUGGUGCCCCUCAGGUUAAACCACCACCAGUCAUUUACUAAUGAGAGAGCAGCCCUGUGGGACUAUGACAACUUUACCUUGCUUGCCUCAUUAAACAACCAAAGUUUAAAAAAAAGGAAAAAGUUAUAUAAUGAAUCAUAUGCUGCUACAGUCACUGCAGUGUACAAUGUUGACAUUGUGAAGCAGAUUUUCAGAUGUUUCGAGUCAAGGUGAAAUACAGUUCAGCCUAUCAAAGAAGCCCAUUAUUUUUGUAGCUUGUUAGCAUGCAAUACUUUACAGGAGGUUACAGGUGACAGAAACAAAAAAAUCAUUUGUCCAAGACCACAAACUUGUUUAUCUACAUUAACAAGCAGUCAGCCAGAGUAAUAUGAUUAUUGGUAUUAACAUACUUUCAACAAACUGCAUGAACUGUAAAAAAUGAACAAAUUCCAUUUGCACUUAAUACACUGGUAAGAUAAAGUAUCGUCUCAAUUGUCCUCAACCUAACAUCAGUACCUCUGAAUGUCUAUCACUAAUCUGUCUAAUAUCUUGGUAUUUGAUUGCUUCAGCCCAUUCGUAGGUUAUAAUGCAACGAUGCAGAAUGCAAUGUGGCACUGUAUCGAAUGCCUUCUGGAAGUGCACACACUCCACGUCAAUAGCAUUACCCCCACCACUAUUGUCUUUCUGUUACCUUUUAAAAAACUCCAUGUUAGUUAAACAAAAUUUCUCCUUUAGAUAUCUAUGCUGGCUUUCCUAAGCAACUUAUGUUUUUCCACUUUCUGGGGACACUCAGUCCAGACAAAUUGGCACCAUCUGUUGUGGGUUCAGGAGAGCUCAUACGUUCAUAACCCUCCGAUUGGUCCGGCUCCAGCUGCAGAGAAAAACUUCAUGCUGGCUGCAUCAAACUCCUCUCUGAAGUUUCUCUAAUUCUCUGUCGAAAGAUCAGGAAAUGACAUUCAGGGACACAAAGAAAUCAUCCUAAAAGGAAAAGCCAAAACCCUGAGUUUAGCUGAUCAAACAGCAAAGCCUGAUGAUAGCAUUGUCAUCAUAGAAUUGGAAGGAUUGCGAGAACCAUGCAUGUAGUUUUAUGAUGUGAACUGCUGUUACAGGUCUUUAUUUCCAUGAUUCCUUUUUCUUCUCCUGUAAUAUUUGUGUUUUCUGUUUCUCUGUGUCCGUAAGUUUAAAUGGGAUGAAGUUUAAGCAGUCUUGUCAUAAGUUAGCAAUUCAUUUUUUGCCAUUUGUUUAGAAAUUGCUUCGGUUACAAUGAAUCUUUUUUUUUAAUGACUAAAACCUGAUCUGUUUCUUUUAACCUGAAUCAGAUGGUCAGGUAAAUUGGAUUAUUUACUAUUUUAAUUAGAUUUUCAUAUUUGUGGCGACUCUGGAAACAGUGGGCAUUGAUAUCGGCGUACUCUCCCAAGCAAGCUGUGACCAAUACAGUCUGCUUUCACCAGUCAUGAAAUGAUCAUUUAAUUUGCCAAGAGGGUUUUUUGAUGCUAGCAGGGAGAUUGGACCAGGACAUUCAGAACCUUUUCAUGCAACACAGCUCUGGAACAGUAUUAUUCGUGCCCUCCAUACUCAGGUGGACCUGAGGCAGCAGAGACUGCAUUGGAGAAUGUACAGUGACUGUUUCACUGGUGCCGAUGCUGUUGAUGUGGUGCUGAGUUACCUCAUGCAAAACGUUUACUUCAGCAACAGUGAUAUUUCACGUUUGAAGGCAGCUCGCCUCUGCCAGGCUCUGAUGGAUCAUAGAGUGUUCUACCCUGUCAGUACAAGACUCUUCAGCAAAGAGCGGGAGAGUAUGUUUGAGGAUCGCAGCAGCAGUCUCUAUAAAUUUGUGGACAGCUACACGUUGCCAGGAGCUGGAAAAGACCAGGAAAUGGAGAGUCUGGUGCCGAAAAGGAAAUUUCAUAAACCAGUCAAACUUGCUUUUUCGAAUCCUGUUGCUUUGGAAGCUUGUGAUAAAAGAUUUGAAGAGCUUUUUCACACUAUCAACCUCCGUCCAUCAUUACCGCCAAACCUAAAAGUAAUAAGCUUAACCAACCAUCUGACCAAAAAAGUUGUAGAGGAUGUUUGGAAGCAAACAACUUUAUUGCAGCUGCUACAUUUAAUUCACCUUCCCAUCUUGGACAACAUCCUGGAAUCUCCAGUGAAAGCAAAACGAAGACGACUAGUUCAGUUCAAUCAGAAAAUUGACCUUAUUAUCUCCAACACGUUCCUGGAUCGCGAGGUUUCUAAGAGCCUAAAUCUGCCCUAUACUGAUGAGUGGUUCUCAGUUGCAGUCGAUUGCCUGGAAUAUUUCCCAGAUGAGGUGAUUGUGCACACGAGUGAACUGUUAUCUCAGAUCGCGAAUGACAGGGAGGCUGCAGAAAAGUACAAAAAAGUGCUGUUUGAAACUAUAGUGAGGCACUAUAGUCAGAACAAGGAGCCACUUCUCUGUGAUCGAUAUCGUGACAUAUAUGCAGGGAUCGUUGAACUUCUCGAAAAUGGUAAGACUGGACAAGCUUUGGAAGCCGCACAACUUGGCGUUCGGUUGUUGGAGCCUAACUGGAGAGAGGAGCUGCACAGAUUGCUGUCCUUCAUGGCUGUUGCUGCAACCCCAGACGCCUGCAUACUGCAGAAACAGAACACCAACAGAACUGUAAUAAGGAAAACAUUUACCAAAGCUAUUGUACAAAGCAAAUCUCUAACAAAAGUACAGGCUGAAGAACUGGUCAUUUUCCUAAUGGAUAACCGCACCGAGCUCUUCAAGAUCCCUGGUUCUCUGCUUCGGAUGGUCAGGAAGAAGCUUCUUUUCCUUCAGAAAGGAGGGGAUCCCACUGCUUCCUCAGGUUUUACAUUCUGCCAGAAUGUAACACAGAAGGAGUUUGAGGAGCAGAAAGGCAAGACCACCAUGGACCAACUUAAGCAGUUAGUCCAAGAGAUCAGUCAAAACUCCAACAUAUCUGCCAAAGAGGGAAACAGACUGCUUCAGGAGUUCCAGAAGCAACAUCCUUCAGUGUUUGUUCAACACUACUCAAAUAUCAUUUAGGAGGAGAAUAUCAGUGAGAUUAUUGCUGUUUGUUUAGAAAAGAUAGCGUUUUGAAUGAAUGCAAGCACUUUGUUGACCAGGCCAUUUGGCACCUGCGACAAGUGAUUCUUCUAAUCAUCUGGCUCAGAGGUUAUUAUGCAUCUCUGGAGCAUGUGGGUCUUGAACCCUAGCUGCCUCAUCUAGGGAUGGGGACACUACCACUGCACCACGAGAGCAAAAAUAUUUUUAUUUGAUUACAAAAAUCUUGGCUUAUGAUUUUCUCCAUUCAAUUAUGAUUAACGUUGAUUUGCACUAAAUGUAAUAACUAAAAGUCUCAGUUUGUCUUUGUUGCAACGUUUCAUUUUAUGCUACUGUUGUGUUGUGUCCUAGGUUUUGCAGGGGGAACAAUUGUUCACCUUUUUUAUACCUGAGCUGAGACACAUCAGGCUGCUCUUCUGAGUUUGCACUACCAUCUGGGAGGCUCAUCUGCUGGCUGCAUUGAUUUCUGGCUGGGCAGUUAACUUAUGGGGUUCUGUGCCAGCGGUGUGAACAUAUUAUUGCCCCUCUCCUGUCAAAUGAAUCUCUGGCCAGUACAGGGAAAUGAAAGGCAAGAAACAUUUUCGGUGAACCAUGAAGCGAGUUCUUAUAAUGAUCUAGUGGGCUUUGGUUGAAGCUGGCCACCUGGAUUGUAUGGUCUAACUUGCUGUAGAUUCUUGGCAUUUCCUCUUCAUUUAAGCUUCAUAUCUACAAAAUUCUCAAACAAAUGGGAUGAGAGUGUGAUUGCAAAAUGCUGAUAGAAUGCAAAGAGUUGAAAUGUGCCCAGUUCAUCAGCAUCAAGUGCCUUCUAGAUAGCUGCAUGUGAUAUAAAUAAUUAACACUAAUAUUACUGUAGGAAAUUCUAAAUUACUGAAUAAGCUUAAUUGUGGAACAGAUUUUUUUAUAUUUGAUAUCUCAGCCUUUUUUCCAGUUUGGAUAAAUAAAACUGAAUUAAUCAGAAA